AUGAAAAGGACCAAGCUGAGUGUCGAGCAAAGGGGAAGAGAAAGAAAAAAAAGGCGCGGUGGGCCGCAACGGGUAGUGUAUGACUAUGAAUGGGGGGCAGACGAGGUCUCGUGGGUAGUGGGUGGGUUUUUGGGCAGCCUCUGCCUUUUUUUUUUUUUUUUUUUUUUUUCUGCGCUCAAUUUUCCCUCUUCCUUGUCACUUUGUCUUUGGGGGAGGGAUAUGUAUGGGUUCUUGGAAGAAAUCGUCUCUCGCGCCGAUUACUUCUCUUUUGCUGCUCCUUAA